AUGAAUGUGGUUAUUCUAGGACAUUCCUUUAUACGCCGUUUACGUGAACUAACAGAACAGGAAUCUGCAUUCCACAAUUUAAGAUUAUCAAAGGAACAAUUUAAAAUAACAUUCCGAGCAAAAGGAGGUCUGACCCUAGAAAAACUGAAGUCAAAAAAUGAGCUCCUCGCAUUUCACUCCCCAGAUAUUGUCUUCUUACAAAUAGGAGGAAAUGAUCUUGGCAAUAUUUCCCCAUUCGUCUUAGUACAAAGGAUUCUCGAACUUGUAAACGCCUUGUUACUGGUAAACAAAGCAAAAUCUGUUAUCAUCGGACAGUUGUUUUGGAGAGACCCCAGAGUAUCUGGGAAAACAUACAAUGACAAAGUCAUCGGGGCCAACCAACUACUAGCACAGGGCACUAAAACAAGUAGGCGGAUCACCUUCUGGCAGCACAGAGGUGGAUUUUGGAAACGAGACCUGUCCUUCCUGAAGAAAGAUGGGGUCCAUCUGAAUCCAACUGCACAGAGGAAAUACCUCCAAAGUGUCAAGGCUGCAAUUCUAACAGCUUCAAAACAAUUCAAUUAA